AUGAGGAGUGCAUCCUACGCCACCAGUUUCAUCCUCCUCCUUGCCACUCUUCUCACGGCACAUGUCGCUCCCACUGUGUCCACCGACGGUGAGUGGGGCCCGAUCCCAGGCGUCAAUGACUGUGGAAUCUUGUUCGUCGCCAAUUGGGCGGUGCAGGAGCACAACAGGCUAUCGGGGGAGACGCUGACCUUCGACAAGGUGUUGAACUGUUCGGAGCUGUCCGAGGGCCCAAUCUUCACCUUCAGGCUCCUCAUCAGCGCCCUAAACGCCAAUGGACAGAGCGGCUCGUACGAUGUCGAAGUGCUCAAUGGCCCUUGGACCAACACACGCGUGCUCAACUACUUCGCUCCAGCGUCUUGA